AUGAUUGAAGUAGUUUAUGCAUUUUGUACUAGUAUGGUCGGUCGCAUAUUUGGGUACUUGGAAAAUAUUUUGCUCAAUGGCAGCGGAAAUAGUGUUCCAGUAAAUAGCGCCACUACUACAGUUCAGUCAAUGACUGCAAUAGAGCCUGCAGAAGGAAUUCAAAUUGAUAAGAAUGUAACGUGCCGAAAGAAGCAUCAUUAUUCAAAUAAUGAUCAUAGUUCUGGGAUCAACAACAGAUUUAAAAAAAAAGAAACUUUGCAGAAAAAAAUCAAUUUUGAAUUUGGAAACACAGACCCUGCGUGUUAUUAUAAUAAUAUGGAAACAGCCAUAAAUAGUAGCGGUUUAUACUACGGAAUAUUCUAUGAAAAUAUGAAAUGUAAUGAAACGAAAAUCAUAGACGACGAAGUGAAGAAGUUUCUAUUUUUUGAGUCCAUGCGCCGAGAUAUAAUGGGAACCGGGAAGAACUCAACGGUCUCGACCAAAAGUGUACUAAUUAAUUAAUAAUGGAUAAUGUAUUGGUCUUUAAUACUAUAGUUAAAUAGUAAAUACAUUGUAAUAUAACCUGCCAUAGCAAUACGUAUACCUAUUGAAAUGUUGUAAAAACUAAUAAGUGUAGUGUACGUAAAAUUUAAUAUUUAUAUAGGUAUACCAAUAGUUUACAACCGCACAGUGCUGGAUUUCCGCCCAGAAAACAAGCCAGCUGCCUAGGACCCUAGCGUUUCUGAAGCCUCCGGCGAGUAAACCCCAUUUUUUCGUAGACGCAGAAAAAA